UGGGUCAGUCAUGCACGGCUGCCGCACUCCUCCGGUCGGCGUGUUCGCGGACGGCAGCAUCCCGGCCGGAGCGCGGAUCGGUCCGGUACCCGGAAUCUUUCGGCUGGGCAAGUGCGCAUCUGACCGGAAAGAGGUCGGAGUUAAAAAGAAGGUGCGGAUGGUGAGAGGAGAAUUGGUGGAUGAAUGCGGUGCUGCUGUAUCAGACUGGAUUUUAUUAAUAAGAUCUGCUCGGAGCAGCCAAGAACAAAACCUGGAGGCUGUGUCAGAUUUACCUGGCGGACAGAUAUUUUACCGGGUUCUGAGGGAGAUCUCGGCCGGUGAGGAGCUUAGUGCUUGGUACUCCGAGAGCCUGGCACAGUGGUUCCAUAUACCCACCACUGCCACACCCACCCACGACGAGAGAGGUGAAGAGCGCUACAUCUGCUGGUACUGCUGGCGGAUUUUCCGUUACCCAAACACACUAAAGGCGCACGUGCACUUCCACUGCGCUCUCAACACCAGAGCACCCGUGGGCCAUGACCACGCGCCACGAGGACCCAACAACAACUUCAGUCGCUCUCCAAAGUCAGGUGACAUCCCGAGCGGUGCCAACACGUCACCGUUUACCAACAAGGCAGCUUUACCGCGGCGAAGUAGCCGGGAGGAUCAGGACCGAGCGCUCGACAUGAGCGUGACCUCUACGGCGAGACAUCAUCCCGGACUCGUCGGCGGGAGCUCAUGUGUGCCGUUCCAGCCUGGCGCACAGUCGGCAUUCAUACCCGCGGGACUCAACAAAAUGUUCUCCUCACCUGAAGAGGUCGCUAACGAAGACGGAAAAGCGGAUGCCCUCGGCUUCAGCAAGCUAGCUUAUGCCCCGAAGGGUGGGCGCGCCCCUGCAGAUCCGUUGCCUCCUCUGCCGCGAGGGUUUUCGUUACUGUCACAUUUUGAGGAGACCUCAGCAUUCAAGCAUGUACCUCCUGGAACACGGUACCCUAAUAUCCCGCCCGGGUUCCCCCUCGAGCGUUUCUCAUUGCCCCCGUCUUAUAACGGAGACUGUGGCAGCAUGCCCAUCGUGCCCUUCACUGUAUAUAAUGGGGAGCUGCUCUACGGGUCGCCAUAUUACCCGCUCAAAUUUCACCUUCUCCGCUACCCGGAUUCUGUUUCUUCAUACUUCGGUGGUCCAGCGCUUGGCACUGAUGUGAAUCCAGCCUGCAGCUCGGUGGACAGGGACAUGUCCGCACACGUCGACAAAACACGAGCCAGACUCGAGCCCAUGCCCUCCAUGACACACCCAGCAGUCUCGACUGGCACAAACGUGGUCAUGGGCAAACCCAAAAAGGGUCACUUGUGUCUGUACUGUGGAAAACUGUACUCCCGGAAGUAUGGACUUAAGAUCCACAUGAGGACGCACACCGGGUACAAACCGCUCAAGUGUAAAGUCUGCUUCCGGCCUUUUGGUGACCCGAGCAACCUCAACAAACACGUACGCUUGCAUGCCGAGGGAAACACGCCCUACCGGUGCGACUACUGCGGCAAGGUGCUGGUACGCCGCCGAGACCUCGAGCGCCACAUCAAGUCCAGGCACCCAGGACAACAGGGCAUCAAAAAGAGGUCACCCGAGGAAGACAUGCACCCGGACGAUCAUACCGAGGAACAAAAAAGUGAUGAGGAUAGCGAUGUGGACGUGUGCUUUACGGACGAUCAAAGUGACCAAGAGCUGAGUCAAAAACUAUAG